UCGAUACGAGGUGGUAACGGGCACACAGCUGCGAAUUCGAGCACCAAAUUCGAAAACGCAUACACGCAGAUGUUUCAAAAUUUACUUUUCCGACUUUGGAGGCAGUUGAAUUUCUGAUGAGCUUAUAAAUGUCGUCCGAAGUAAUUUCUUCUUCAACAUGGGCAAGGAUUAUUCCACGGUUGUGUGGACAUACAAGUCCACUUUGUAAAGAUGCAACAGUGAUUGAUUUUAAAUGUGUCAGUGUUGAUAUGAGUUGUGUGUAAAGACACGGGACAUGUGAAGUUAAGUCUGCAUUGUUUACCUGCUUUUGCCGCUUCUUUGCAUAUAGAUAAAAUUUAUUUUAAUAUUUUGUAUAUUGUCGGUAACAAUAGUCUCCAUUUCAUCAACGGUGUCAUCAUGAAAUUCUUCCAAUUCAAGAUUUUACGGUGCUUCUUACUAGCUACUGCUCUUCUGACUUGCUUCUCUUCGGCCGAAGAUUUCAAAUGUCCCGAGCAAUUUGGGUACUACAGGGAUUUCAAAGAUUGCUCCAAAUAUUACGUUUGCGUCUUCGGAGAUGCUCUUCAUGAAAAAUGUACUGGCGGUCUGCAUUUUAGUCUGGAACUAGGAACAUGUGAUUGGCCAAGAAAUGCCAAUUGUCAACCAGGUGAAAAUACUCCAGAAGAAAAAGUUAUCGAAAUCGAGGAUGAAAUAUUCAGCUCCAGUCGCAGGACGUCGGCUACUGCCACAAGUGACAAUUCCCAGCCUCCACCUAAAUCUCAAACCUUUGACAAAGAGCCCGUUUCUAAUAUUCAGCAUUUUGGUAAUGGCAAUGAAGAAUCCAAAGAAAAUACAAGAAAUGUGGACAUUUUGAAUGACAAACAGAAAUCGAGAACACAGUUUUCGGAACAGGAUCAGCGUCAAGCGAAGCCUGCAACAACCGAACCUCCCCGUCAGCAACAAAACUCUCGAACAACUUUUGCUGAUCAAUCUGACAGUUUGGAAAAUUCCUCAGACGAUCCUUUGUAUGCUAGUGAUCAAAAUACAAAGAUACCACAGAAUUCAUAUGAUCGUACAUUGGUUAUUGAGGAAGCAGCUCCACCCUUGGUGGACUCUGAAGGAGGAAUUCACAUUGCAGAUGGUGGUCAUGGUUUAGAUGCUUUUGCAGGAUCAGCCCAUCUUCCAGGACUUGGCGAUUAUAGUGUCCUAGAUAAACCGAUCUAUAACGCCAAUACAGGGAGACAAGAACAUGACGAAGAUUAUAAACAACAAAGCCAAGACCAAUCCCACUCAACUAAGCCAAGAAAAUUAGAAAUUUAUCCGAAUAGCAAUGAUCAUUCUAAAGAUCUAGGCGUGGUAAUAGAUUUCUCCAAUGGAAAUGGUAAGGAGCAAAAAUUUGAUUUUGAAGACGGCAGAAAAAAUCUUGGUACUAUACCUCCAAUAAUAUUCGAUGAUAAUGCUGAUCACAAAGACUAUGGGGAUUUCGACAUCAUCACUCCUAUUCGUAAAAUACAAAAUCCAAAUUCCGCUUCUGGAAACAGCCAAGAAAUUUCGAAGAAUUCCGAUCCAUUGCUGGUGCCUGCUCGAAAUUUACCGGAGCUUGAAAAGAAAUUGAACAAAGAUCUGGAGGACUUGAAAAGAAAUACCGAAUUGUCUCUGAAAGCCAAUGUCGAUAACUUUCACUUCGAAAGUGACAGAAAUUUACGCAGACAAAACGCUACUGUACCUGAAAUUCAGUUUGAUGAUCAACCUUCAAAUAUUGGACGACUACCUCAAAAUAUAAGAUAUGAAUCAAAUAUAGAAACUCGUGGAACUGGUGCUGCGGACUCGACUAGAGAUGAUUCUCAAAAUAGAAAUAUCUUGGAUUCUAGUAUUGCCGGAACAAAUAACGGUAAAAGUAAAGAUCCAGAUGUAGAGUUUUCACUUCGUGAACCCGCCCCUCGACCAAAAGUUGCGGAUAUUGAUAUCGAUUAUACAAAAUUAGUUCAUGAGCCUAGCAGAAAUAAUGCCCCUAAGAACACAAAAUUAUCUGAACAAACUAGUCGAACUACUGAUAAUAUUAGAAAACAAGAUCAAAGUGUUGCAGGUCAUCCUAGUGCCAAAGAUUCUAUCAGUAACCCAUCUGAACCAAACAGAAAUGAAGGGUCUCAAUUGACAUUUCCUGGCCAGCCAAUUGAUUUUGAAACUUACCCUAAUAUUCAACGGCAACCCAAAAAGAUUGACAAAAUUCCUGAUGUUAUUGAAUUACCUAGUAUCACAGACAUUCAGAAAGAAAGUGUUGUUCCUCAAAGACAUCCAAAUUUGCCUAAUCGCCAGCCUCCGAAAAUUGAUGAUGCUUCAAAAAAAGAAGAUUCAUUAUCUGAAAGUUACGAUAUAGAUUCUGUUUAUGAUGAUUUCCAUAAAUUAAAACACGAUUACACAGAUUACUAUACAGAAGAACAACCAGAAGUGACAACUAGACCCACUACAGUAAUACGAACUCGGCCGACCAGACCACGCAAGUCUACCACAACUACUACCACAACAACGACAACUACAACACCAGCUCCUAUUAAAAUAAGAACCAGGACUCCUUUAUCACAAGUUCCAAAGCCAACAAAACCUGCUGUUACUAGUAAUAAAGUUCUAGAAGGUCCGCCAACACGUCCCCCAAAUCAAUAUCCAACACCUGAACCAUAUACUCAGGCCCAAAAGUGUGAUCCUAGAAAGUGUCGGCUACCAGAUUGUCGCUGUGGAGGUACAGACAUACCAGGUGGACUUGGUAUCAACGAGACUCCACAGCUGGUUCUUCUGACAUUUGAUGAUGCUGUAAACGACCUCAAUAACGACCUCUACGAUGAACUAUUUUACACUGGUCGAGCAAAUCCUAAUGGCUGUCCCAUUUUAGGAACUUUCUAUGUUUCACAUGAAUGGACUGAUUAUGGCCAAGUGCAAAGCUUGUAUUCACAGGGUCACGAAAUAGCUUCACAUUCCAUCACUCAUAGUUACGGCGAAAAAUUCUCCAAGAAUCAGUGGAUGCGUGAAAUUCACGGACAGAGAGAGAUUCUGCACCUGUACGGAGGAGUCAAAAUGGAAGACAUCCGAGGUAUGCGAGCACCUUUUCUUCAAAUUGGCGGUAACAAAAUGUUCGAAAUGUUGUACGACGCCAAUUUCACCUACGAUUCCUCCAUGCCGGUGUACGAGAACAACCCUCCCUUCUGGCCCUACACACUGGAUUAUGCCUUGAGUCAUGAAUGUAUGAUAUUCCCCUGCCCAACUAAGUCUUAUCCUGGGCUGUGGGAAGUAGGCAUGGUAAUGUGGGUGGACCUUAGGGGAGGACGCUGCUCCAUGGGUGAUGCCUGUUCCAAUCCUCAAGAUGAAGAAGCAGUCACCAAGAUGCUUAUGAAAAAUUUCAAUCGUCAUUACAAAACCAAUAGGGCACCAUUUGGUCUUUUCUACCAUUCUGCUUGGUUCAAUACUCAGCAUCACAGGCGUGGUUUCAUGAAAUUUUUGGAUGAAAUUUUAAAGAAAGAUGACGUCUGGUUGGUCACCAAUUGGCAACUAAUACAAUGGAUGAGAGAUCCUAAACCUAACAGCCAACUGAAGAAUUUUGAACCAUUUGGUUGUCGGCGGCGAGAUAGGCCUCCACCCUGUCCGUCGCCAACCGUGUGCAAUGUGUGGUAUCAAGGUGGCGUCAGGUACAUGAAGACUUGCCAACCAUGUCCCGCCAAAUAUCCGUGGGUAGGAAGCACGGGAUACGACAGCAAUAAUCGUGGAUGAAGAACCCAUGUGAUCUCUAGUGUUUUUAAUUUAAUUGAUUUUUACUACAAAAAAACUUGAAUAUGUGAGAUUUAACUGUUAUUUAAUUCCCUCUUUGUAUUGUUCCUUCGAACUUUAUUGGACUAUAAGUUCCAAAUCUUUGGAAAAUCUUCCAUUCCGCUCACAGGAAGUGAGCUUUUAUUGCCAUAACUAUCCAUAAACCAAUGUGUGCCUUGCUAUCAUUUUAAUAUGUUGACAUUUUGGUACGCGUGUCAAACCUGUCAUUCAGCUCUCGGGUACUAUUUUCAAGCUUAACUGCUGUGCAUUUUCUGGGAUAAAAAACGAACUAUUUUCUUUGUACUUUUUCAACUUAUGUGUGAUACUGUCUCUCUCCCCUACCCUGGGAAAGAAAUGUUAAUGCAACAGAGCAUCUAUAAGAAAAUUUGAAAAAACACAUUGGACAUGUUCAAAAAUACCCAACAUGCAAUUCCUUGUCUUUCUGAAGCCAAUUACGAGUUGCCAAAAUGCUCCAAUGCGUAUUUCCCUCUAGGGAAUAUUUGCUUUUUAAAUGGGUUAUGGGAUUUAAGGUUUUAAUUCUUAAUUUUAAAUUUCUUGCUGUUCUUUUCUAUUAGCCAGCAAAGCAAUUUAGUGAAUUGCACUAUUUUUUCUGCAUAAGUAUUAAAGAAAGCUUCAUUUUUUAUAUAUAAAGUAUGAAAUUUUUAUUAUAAUACUGAAAGGUAUAGUAAAGUGAAUCAAAUCUAAAAUAGGUUAUUUUAAUUUUAUUUGGCUUUAUUUAAAUUUGCAUUUAAUGCUACAGAUCGUGCAUGUGCCAAACUAAUCGUCCUUUCAAGUUAAAGGCAAACCGCUUAAGUUUCUUUUAUGCAUUAAACAAAUUUUUAUGCAUUUUUUAAAUUCUUAAAGAAUAAAUUGUAAAUUACAAAACAUGUAAAUAUUUUUAAAUGCUUUCACUUGAUGCAUUUUUUUACUUUUUAUCUAACGCAAGAACUGCAUCACUUAAUGUUGAACAGAAGCCAGCGUUAUCAUAUUGCACUUAAGUAACAUUUAAGACUUCAUGUCUCUUAAUUUAACAUUUUAACAUGAGCUUCUGAGAACAUUUUUUGGUGCAGUUUUUCCUGUCCUCGUGGUAUAGGUGGGGUUAUGAAUUCGGGACUGUUUUGAUGUUCAUAAUUGUAAUUUGUCUUGUGAACUUUGGAUUGUACUUAUGUGAAUAAAAAUGUGUAAUUCUA